UUUGUUGUAAAAUUCGAUCAAAUUUUAGUUUAAAACAUAUUCGUUAUUUUUCUAUAGUAGAAACGAAAUGGAUAGGACAACAGUCACUCCGAGUCCUGCCUCCACCUACUGCUCCUUUUUGGGGGGUUCCCAGCACUCGCCAUUACGGCGAUCACAGCGCCUAAUCGACAAGGAGAACCGCGAUUUGCCGAAGUUUCCGCCCAAAAGCCUUUCUCCUCAAUUAUUUGGAAACACUGAGGAUGAUUACAGUGAACUAUUGCUGCACCAAGAAAAGCCAGCAACUAAGUUAGUGCACCUGAGAUCCGUGGAGAAUGUGGACAAACUUCGAUCCCCAGCUAAAGUUCUCCAAUUGAAACCUUCCAAUAAAAUCGUCCACCUGAAGCCAUCAGAUAAGAUUAUCCAAUUAAAGGGUUUAGAUGAUGUGAAGAAUCCCGGAAAGAACCAGUGCAAUAUUCAGAAAGGAGAUCCGUCAAGGAAUUCACAAAGGAGGAGCACUCAAUGCACUCCCAAAAAACGUGGUCGAAAGCCAAAGCAACCGGCUAAAAAAGAGGCCAAAAAACUACAAUCAAGUAUUCCGAACGAUCAUCUAGGGAACACACCAUCGCCAUCGAAGCUGCCUGCCAAAUAUCCGGCACAUUUUGUUCAUCAACUUCCGCCCGCAAAGGAUUCAAGCUCUGCCGUUCGAAGACGUUCCUUGUCUGCUCCGGCUAUUGAAUUCCGCGAUCUGUGCCUUACAGCCGAUGAGAUUCCAAAUCCGGAAGGACAUGGUGAAAUCUUAAACAAAUCGCCGUCGGAUCUCGACUCCGAUGUCUCCAUGAACAUUUCCUUGUCCGAUUCCAUUGGCGAGAUCUUUGGCACCAAGGACAUAAGCAGCAUUCUGACCAUGCAGCGCCCGCGUCAGUACAUUUUGCUGGAGGAGCACCUGCCCACAUUGGCCACCAUGCUGAACGUGGACUUGGAGCGACUGCGCAGUGUGUUGGAAAUCACUCAGGGCCUCACCCACGAACAGAUCCUAGGCUUUCCGAUAAAACAAGAGGUGGAGGAAUUGGAAGUAUCUUAGAAAUUAGUGACCUAUAACUGAACAUACGAAAUGUUUCCACUUUGAAUAGUUUUAAUGUGAUCAUUCCAAUUGACCAAGUCCAGGAUCCUUAAGAUCCUUGUUGCUUUAAGUUAACAUUUAAAAUGUAUCUGUU